CAUUCCACAAGGAUUCAAGUAAAGGACGAAGGUUGACAGACAGGAGUUGAUCACACAGAGAAGAAUAAAAAAUAAAUAAAUAAUAAUGUCAAAGCAACUUUGUUCACCACCACCACCAGAGGAGGCCACUGAUAUUGCACCACCACCACCUGCCCCUCCUCCAUUUCCUCCACCACCACCAGAGAUUUCUGAUAUAUUGCCUCCGUCUCCUCCACCACCUCCUCCUUCAGGCCCAGACGGCUUGAAGGAGGUGGAGCCCAAUGUGGAAACUGAGGUGCUUUCAAAUAUCAAGACUUCAGAAGCGUUAGUGGAUCCGCCACGAAGGAAGCGGAGAUUUUCUCCUCCUGAUCAGGACUCCUGUUCCAUUAACUCAACAGACCAUAAUAACCCUUUGAAAGACAAGGAAGCUCACAGUGGCGGCUAUCACAAGGCAGAUAUGCCUUCUUUAUCUUCCAAACCUAAAUCAGAACGGUCUAUGGGGCCUGGAUCAAUCCAAAAAACAAUACCAAUACCACCCCUUUCAGCAAACCGAUGGGAAAAGACGGCUUUCGUUGGAGACAAAAGUGGAGAAAAGCGGAUUAAGUUUUUACGCCUGAUGGGGCUAGGAAAGACCACAGCGAUCGAAGCUAAACCAGAGUGUCCGGAAGAAGCUUCAAGGGACGCGGCUGAACGACAGCAACAGAUGGCAAACAUGGAAAGACAAUAUGAGCAAGGACGUAGACGCCAGCACCGGUUUACCUAAGGCAAUCCUAUCAAUGUACUUGAUCGGAUAGUCUUUUUUUUUUUUUU